GUGGGGCCCCUGUUCUAUGUUAACAGCUCCAACAAGGUUCAAUUAAUAUAAGUCCUGUUCAAGUCUUUAUGGCAGUUGAAAAGAGUGCCGCUAUCGCAUUCAACGAAAUACCCAUAUUAGACCGGAUAGCCUUUUCAACUACAAUAUGGCCAGCUUCUUCGAUCUGAAGGCCCGCAAAGCAGCUGCGGCUAGCAGCGCAACGACGGCUAAGGUAGAAGACCCCAAGCAGAAUACCAGAAAGCAGCCCUGGGUAGAAAAAUACCGCCCGAAAACCCUAAGUGAUGUCACAGCUCAGGAUCAUACAGUGAACGUCCUUCAGCGGACACUCCAAGCCUCUAAUCUUCCUCAUAUGCUCUUCUAUGGCCCGCCUGGAACGGGUAAAACCUCCACGAUCCUCGCCCUCGCGAAGGAGCUGUACGGACCGGAGAUGAUAAAGUCGCGCGUCCUCGAACUCAACGCCUCCGACGAACGAGGAAUCUCCAUCGUGAGGGAGAAAGUAAAAGACUUCGCCCGCAUGCAAUUGACGAACCCACCCGCGGGAUACAAGAGCCGCUACCCCUGCCCGCCCUUAAAGAUUAUCAUCCUCGACGAGGCGGAUAGCAUGACCCAGGAUGCCCAGAGCGCCCUGCGACGGACGAUGGAGACGUACAGCAAGAUCACCCGGUUCUGCCUCAUCUGCAACUACGUCACGAGGAUUAUCGACCCCCUCGCGAGCCGGUGCAGCAAGUUCAGGUUCAAGAGCUUGGACCAGGGAAAUGCGAAGAAACGCCUGGAAGAGAUCGCUAGCAAAGAAGGGGUUACGCUGGAGGAUGGCGCUGUCGACGCGCUGAUUAAGUGCAGCGAGGGCGAUCUGAGAAAGGCGAUUACUUUCUUACAGAGUGGAGCGAGGCUAGUGGGCGCAAUCGAGAAGGGAGACGAUGAAGGGGAUAAGAUGGAUGUGGAUGACGAAGCCAAGAUCGUCACUGUGAAAAUCGUGGAGGAGAUUGCUGGUGUGAUACCGGACCAGACCAUCGAAAGACUGCAGAAGGCGAUGCAACCGAAAUCUGCUGGCGCGACUUAUCAGGCCAUCGCUAAGGUCGUGGAAGAGAUGGUCGCGGAUGGAUGGAGUGCGGGACAGGUUCUCUCUCAGUUAUAUCAAACCGUUAUCCAAGACGAGAUGGUUCCCGAUAUAGCAAAGAACAAGAUAACCCUUGUCUUCUCGGAGGUGGACAAGCGACUGGUAGAUGGUGCUGAUGAACACCUGUCUAUCUUGGACCUCGCUCUGAGGAUAUCAAACAUAUUAGCGGGAAAAAGCUAAGCUCGGGGGUUUUUUUUUUCAGGAUUUCUAAGGCCCGAAUACUCCUACGUUAAUAGGUAGGGAUGUAAUACAGCACGUGGUGAAUGUCGUAGCAUGCGGCGUUGGGUGUACAAAACAUGGGUGUAUUAACAAUGGAGACAGAUUCUCCAGGCUAUAUUUGCAAAAAAAAAAAAAAAAAAAAAAAAAAAAA